AUGUCAAGCGGUCACGUGAUUGAGGCAACAAACAUCCGGGCACAGGUUGUGUUAAAUGCCAGAUCCCGUCUGGACGGAGUAAAGACGUACAUGGCACUGCGGCGUGUCCCGCUCAAGCUGCAGGACCGCGUCAUCAAGUGGUUCGACUACCUCUGGAUGUGCAACAAGUCGGCAGACGAGGAGAAGUCCUUGAGUCUACUGCCUGACAAGCUCAAGGCUGAGAUCGCCAUCCACGUCCACCUCGACACCUUGAAGCGUGUGGAGAUCUUCCAAGCCACUGAGGCCGGCUUUCUGUGUGAACUUGUGCUCCGGCUACGUCCGGUCCUUUUUUCUCCCGGCGACUACAUCUGCCGGAAAGGGGAAGUCGGCAAGGAGAUGUACAUCGUCAACAGAGGACGCUUGCAUGUGGUUGCUGAUAACGGGAAGACGGUCCUGGCCACCUUGAAACCUGGCAGCUACUUCGGUGAGAUCAGUAUCCUCAACAUGGGAACCGCUGGCAACAGACGCACAGCCAGCGUGCGCUCCGUUGGCUACUCGGAUCUCUUCUGUCUCUCCAAGAAGGACCUGUGGGACGUCCUGAAGGAAUACCCUGCUGCCAGGGUCAAGCUGGAGGCCAUAGCGGUCAAACGUCUGGAGAAGUACAAGAAGGCGCCCAUUGAGAAGGUGUCCAUGUCCAGAAGCCGGAGCACCCCCGGGCUGGUGGAGAGCACGGGCAAGAUGCCCCUGGACUCCAUGAUCGUCCACCGUCACCACACCCUCCCCGUGGGUCUCAUCCACAAGGACGGCUCCUCGGGCGGCCCCGCGGCCCGGGACGACCACGCCUUAAAAACACUGACCAACACCCAGAGCGAGGACAACCUCAUCUCCCGCUGUGCCACCGACCAGCCGCGCCGGAUGUCGUCCGAUUCUCAACAUCCGGUGGGGAAUAUGACGACGUCCAUGACGAUAUCCAGUAUGACGUCAUACUGCGGGACCCCGCCGCAGAAAUCGCCUAUUUGCACCGAACCCGCCAGGAACCCGUUCAGCGCGCCGCCUAGUCCAAAAAUAGCAGCCUAUCAAAUUCGAGAUAACACAUCUAUCGUCAGCACGGCUCCGCUUAUGAAUGGUCAUUCAUCGUUAGGUCAUUUGACGCCCCAUCACGGCCCACCGCCCUUGUCGCCGGCGCCCCCGCAGUACGCUUAUCACAACAUGACCUUCCUCAACGCCGGCCAACCCAUCAAUUUUUUAUCCCCGUUCUGCGCGCCGCCGGGAAACUACCCGGCUUCCCCGUCGCAUUUCCCGGGCUCGCCUGCUAGUUACCAGCACUCCCCGACGCCUACCCUGUUGUUACCCCAACCUCCUUCCACCCCAUCGUCACACGGGGGCUUGCUCUCCUUAGCAACCCAAGCCCCCAUCCAAAGCUACCCGCACUCGCCGUCACUACUCCACCAUUCCCCGCACAGCCUCACCUCAACAUCCACCCAACUACAGCCGCACUACCCAUCAACACAGCUCCACUCCCCGCACUCCCCAAUCCCAGCUAGAGAACCCACGCCCUCGGAAACGUUGCUGAAGGAAAUUACGCGCCUGCGCGAACGCCUCGCUCAGCUGGAAGGGGAGAACACUGCGCUGACUGUCAAACUGAACCAACAACAGUGGGACGUCGAAUCGCGUCUCACCGAGUUGGAGAUGCACAUCUGUCAGAGCGACAGUGUCGCUAGCACAGACUUCGACGGCGAUAGUCUACGGCAGGACUCUAAAUCCACACCUCCCACUGUCAACAAGGAAUCCAUUAUUUAAUCAAUGAAUGCUUCAUGCGAGUUAUGUAUAUGCUCAAAAAACGGAUGUGUCUGUGAUUCAAUUGAGAGCUAUAUUCUAAUUAUCAUUACUAGAAUAAUAUGUUUAAUUCCAAAAAACUUGGUCAAAGGGACGUAACUCUAUAUUUGUGAUUAACAACAGAUGUGUAUAUUAGUGCAAUAUAAAACACCAAUAAGUGUAUGAUUAGUGCUCCAGUGAUACGUGUGGAUUUGUUGCCGAUUGGUUUUUACCAUUCAAGAUCAACGCGUACG